AUGGUUGACGAACUGUCAGUCGGCGAAGACACAUCUGUUGGUGAAGAACAGUAUGCUGGCGACGGCAACGUGUUUGCCGGAGCGACGAUCACUGAAGCUCAAUCCUACGAUAUUGCUGUUCAUGCAGCAGCAUGGCCGAUGGACAGAAGAACAAAUAGUGGAAAAGAAGGCGAUCUUCCAGGAACCACUGAUGAUCAUCCUCGGCGAGGAUCGCGUGGCUCCAUCCUCAGUGGAAAAGCGAAUGUUGAGCCGGAGGGAGCCACGCCGACAAUAUCUGCCCAUCACUUGGCUCAGCUCAAUUUGUCAACGAGUUUUGAAUGUGACUCCGAUGACUCUUCCACUUCCGAUAUCUGUGACGAUUCGCCCUCAAGUUCAAGCAGAAGUAGGACUCGUGGUCGAUGCCAGUUUGGUUUGGCCAUGAAACCCGAGGAGGGAAAUCGCAACGAACACAGACGACACACUUUGUGCGCAAGUGAGCAAAUCUUGUCGCCGGAUGUUAUGGCUAAUCUGCCCAUAGGUUCACCAUUACACCAGGCUGCAUUGAAUCACACGGCCUUAAAUGACAUGGCGUUGCAUUCGGGCGAGACUCCUUUAAUGGCCUCUCCACAGCUCCCUAUAUUUCCUGGGCUACCACUGCUGCCAAUUUUGGACUACACGAGAAUGCUACCCGUACCUAGCAGUGAACGACGUGCUUCCGCGGGCGAGAAUCUGUUGAAUCCUGGUGCUAUAGAAACUUUGAAUCAUCUUGUUCAACCUGCCCAGCCGUCCGCUGCUGUUCCGAGAUAUUCGGAUUAUGUCGACAUUUACAGUUAUCUUAGUAAAUACUCUGGCAAGAGAAACACCGUGCACGGUGCAUCAUCACCGUUUGGACCAUCAUCACCGGUCCCUCGGCAUAGUCCGUAUACGAAAGCAUCGUCAACGGAGAGACGUAGCAGUUGGGCAUCUCCGGCAAUUACUGCGCAACAACAUCAGCAGUUGGAGCGAUUAUAUCGUCAAGCUAUAUCUGGUCAGUGUGCAGAAUCUUUACAGAUUUUUCCCUAUCUUAUUUUUCUUCCUCUCUACGUUUCACAAUAUAUUAUACCGACAUAUCCGUCAUCUUUCUCAUGAAA